AUACUUCUACUUCUAUCUUUCUUCUCUGUUUUCUCUCUCUCUCUCUCUCUAUAUAUAUAUAUAUGCACAUAGAGAGAGAUACUGCUAAGAUAAUAUUCAGGGGAGAAAUUAUAUUUAAAAAUGGCAAUUGGGCAGUUUAAAGAUGUUGAAAAUGGUGAAAUAAUUAACACACUUGAGGAUCUGGAGCAGCCAUUUAUUACUAGCAGCAAGCAAGAAAAAGUUGCAGGUCGUGAAAAGGGAGACGAUCCUGAUUAUAGUCUUCGCCAUGGUGGAUCCAUUGGGAUGGUCUUGCUCAGCACAUUCGUUGCUGUUUGUGGCUCCUUUGAGUUUGGCUCUUGUGUGGGUUAUUCAGCACCGGUUCAGUCUUCAAUCAGAGAAGAUCUUAAUUUCUCUCUAGCUCAGUUCUCUUUAUUUGGCUCUAUAUUAACCAUUGGUGCAAUGAUUGGUGCUGUCUCUAGUGGCCGGAUUUCUGACUUCCUUGGUAGAAAAGGGGCAAUGAGAUUAUCUUCUGGCUUCUGUAUUGCUGGGUGGCUGGCUAUAUACUUUUCUACGGAGGCUCUCUACCUUGACAUGGGAAGGUUCUUUACAGGAUUUGGAAUUGGAAUUUUCUCUUACGUUGUCCCAAUCUUUAUCGCGGAAAUAGCACCAAAAAAUCUCCGCGGAGGAUUAACGACAUUGAAUCAGCUCAUGAUUGUUAUCGGUUCUUCGGUUUCAUUCUUAAUAGGAACUGUGAUAACAUGGAGAUCACUCGCUCUUACCGGGCUUAUUCCAUGCAUUUUCCUGCUUGUUGGCCUCUUCUUCAUCCCUGAGUCUCCUAGAUGGCUGGCAAAGGUUGGUUGCGAAAAAGACUUUCUUGUCGCCCUGCAGAAAUUACGUGGAAAGGAUGCAGAUAUCACCAUUGAAGCUGCCGAAAUCAAUGAGUACAUUGGAACUCUUAAGACUCUUCCAAAAGCAAAUAUUCUUGAAUUGUUCGAGAGCAAAUACAUUCGAUCAGUCAUUAUCGGUGUGGGAUUGAUGGUGUUCCAACAAUUUGUCGGAAUUAAUGGGAUAGGAUUCUACGCUAGCGAAACAUUUGUAGCAGCUGGACUUUCUUCGGGAAAAAUUGGAACCAUAGCUUAUGCUUGCAUUCAGGUUCCGAUAACUGUCAUUGGAGCGAUGUUAAUAGAUAAAUCUGGAAGAAGACCACUUAUAAUGGUUUCGGCUACUGGCACAUUUCUUGGCUGCUUCCUUGCAGGCACUUCCUUCUUUCUCAAGGGCCAUAGUAUGUUGCUUGAGUGGACGCCAAUUUUAGCUGUUGGUGGAGUGCUGAUAUUCAUAUCAUCGUUCUCGAUUGGAAUGGGCGCGGUUCCUUGGUUGAUCAUGUCCGAGAUCUUUCCCAUAAAUGUGAAGGGAGUUGCAGGGAGCUUGGUGGUGCUGGUGAAUUGGGUGGGUGCUUGGUUAGUUUCCUAUGCUUUUAAUUUCCUCAUGAGCUGGAGCUCUUCAGGCACAUUUUAUAUCUUCUCUGCAUUUUCAGUAAUGACUGUGCUGUUUGUAGCAAAGCUAGUCCCAGAAACUAAAGGAAAAACACUAGAAGAAAUUCAGGCAUCCAUCAACUCAUCAUAGAACAAUUAUUUAUAUAUAUAUAUAUAUCAUAUUAGGAAAAAAAUCUAUCAUUGAUGGCUCGAGGAUCUUCGACAAUCUGCAAAUCGUGUAGCAUUAUUACGUUCUUCAUCAAAAUUCAUCGGAGGUUACUUCUAGUAGAGAACAUUUAAAAGUGAGAGCAGCGGAGAAUAGCAGUGGCAUCGAGUAUUUCUUAUGUUUUAUUUGGAAAAUUUAAUUAGGAAAACAAGUAGACACAUUAUUUUCUCAUUCCUCCUACUUUUUUGGUUAUGUAAUUUCAAGCUUUGCUUGUAGCUAGUUAUUUAAUAAUACAUUAUGCAUGAUUCUCAGCUGCA